AUGGGAGUGUCCUCCACAAACUCCUCUUAUAAAGUCUUAGCCUCAUGCAAACAAUCAGAACACGCACACUCUGAACCAAGCCGAAAAACAACUCUUCGAAACUUCAGCAGCAAUGGCUGAGAGACGCAUCCCAUUCACUUUCAUGCGCAGCCCGUCCUGGGACCCGUUUCGGGACUGGUAUCAGGGCAGCAGACUCUUCGAUCAGUCUUUCGGGAUGCCUACUUUAUCCGAGGAGAUGUUGACGUUUCCCAGCACACACUGGCCGGGGUAUAUGCGACCUUUCGGACAGCCGGAUGUUGCUGCUUUAAUGCAGGGCCCGCCGGUGCCCCCUAUGAUGCCACCUAUGAUGGCCCCGAAUUACGGACGGGCACUUACUAGACAGCUGAGCUCUGGGAUGUCGGAGAUCAAGCAGACCGGAGACUCCUGGAAGAUCAGCCUGGAUGUCAAUCACUUCGCCCCCGAGGAGCUGAACGUCAAAACCAAAGACGGGGUGCUGGAGAUCACGGGCAAACAUGAGGAGAGAAAGGAUGAACAUGGCUUCGUUUCCAGAUGCUUCACCAGGAAAUACACUCUGCCCUCUGGUGUGGACUCAGAGAAGAUCUGCUCCUGCCUUUCUCCAGAAGGAGUCCUGACUGUCGAAGCUCCGCUGCCCAAACCUGCCAUCCAGGCCUCUGAAGUCAACAUCCCUGUCAACAAGACCACCGUCAGCACCACGAAAUAAACCCAGAGAUUAAUCAAUCAAAUAAAUUAACAAAUGAGAGACCGAUGCCUACAUGUAAACAGCAAUGUCAAUAUGCAAGUCAAUAAAGGGUUACCAACUGUUA